AUGCGUCGUGUUGUCGUGACUGGUCUUGGAGCAGUGACACCUCUAGGAGUAGGUUUCCGUCGUACUUGGAAACGUCUCCUGGAUGGUCACUGUGGCAUCGUCAAUGUCAACCAUCGCGAUGCCAGAUUUGCAGAUCUGCCAUGCCAGAUCGCAGCAGUGGUGCCGCAAGGUGCACGAAAGGAUGGAUGUUGGACGGCUUCGGAGUGGUUAAGUCGAGAUGAUGAGCGCAAGAUGGCUCGCUUCGCCCAAUAUGCCAUGGCUGCGUCGGAAGAGGCCCUCGAAGACUCGGGCUGGAAGCCUACAGAAUUUGAGAAACGAGAAGCUACUGGAGUCUGCCUUGGAUCAGGCAUUGGCAACUUUGACGAGGUUUACGACACAGUCGUUGCAUAUGACAAGGGGGGAUAUCGCAAAGUAUCACCUCUGUUCGUGCCUAAGCUUCUGAUCAAUCUCGGGGCUGGGCACAUUUCCAUGAAGUAUGGAUUCAUGGGCCCAAAUCACUCAGCAACAACGGCUUGUACAACUGGGGCUCAUUCCAUAGGCGAUGCUGCUCGCUUCAUCGCGUUCGGUGAUGCAGACGUGAUGCUGGCCGGCGGGGCAGAGUCUUGUAUUCAUCCGCUAGCUGUCGGAGGUUUUGCUCGGGCCCGCAGUUUGGCUACAAGCUUUAACGGCUCGCCAGAAAAGGCAUCAAGACCUUUUGACUCGGAUCGGGAAGGCUUUGUGGUCGGUGAAGGCGCGGCAAUGUUGGUCUUGGAGGAACUCGAACACGCAAAAGCCAGAGGAGCUCGAAUUUAUGCCGAAUUGAGAGGCUACGGCUGUUCUGGCGAUGCACACCAUAUGACAGCACCUAAAGAGAACGGCGAAGGCGCGUUCCUAGCCAUGAGGAAAGCUCUGAAAAACGCCGGACUCCCACCUUCCGCGGUCGACUAUGUCAACGCUCAUGCCACUUCAACUGUUGUCGGUGAUGCAGCAGAAAAUGCUGCCAUCAAAUCCUUGCUCCUGGGACCGGGAGGGAAGCAACGGGCGACGGAAGUUAACAUCAGUAGCACGAAGGGAGCCGUCGGCCAUUUGCUCGGUGGUGCAGGCGCCAUUGAAGCUUUGUUCUCAGUUCUCGCAGUUAACGAGGAUGUGAUGCCUCCGACCAUCAAUCUGGAGCGGUUGGCUGAUGGGUUUGACUGCAACUAUGCCCCGAAACAGGCCCAGGAGCGCACCAUUGACGUGGCUUUAACGAACAGUUUUGGAUUUGGGGGGACGAACAGCAGUUUGUGUUUCUCGAAGCAUGCAGGGUAG